AUGGCCCUGCAACCGUCUCUUCGCCCCCUCAUCAUCGCAGGCAGUCCCAAUGCUCCUCAUACCCUGGACAUCUUCUUGGACUACGUGUGCCCCUUUUCGGCCAAGCUAUCUCUCGCCAUUGACAGCGUCCUGAAACCCCUCUUGGACUCUGGAGGCAAGUACGACGGCAAGGUCAAGGUCAUCUUCAGGCCGCAGGUGCAGCCGUGGCAUUCCAGUUCUACCUUCGUGCACGAGGCCGGUCUCGCGGUCGCUCGUGUAGCUCCACAGAGUUUCUGGACGUUCUCUCUGGCUCUAUUCAAGCAGCAGGGAGAAUACUUCGACAUCCCCACCUCCAACUUGACCCCCGUACAAAUCCGAGCGAAGCUCGCUGAGCUUGUCAGCCAGACCGAUCUCUUGGCGUUGAAGUCGACGCCGAACGGUGGUGUAGACGUGACCGACGACUUGAAGUACACGAUCAAGUUCUCCAGACAGAACGGAAUCCACGUCUCGCCGACGGUACUCUGGGACGGUAUCGUCGCGAACGAGGUCUCGAGCUCUUGGGGCGAGAAAGAGUGGACCGAGUUCCUGGAGAAGAAAGUCCUUGUCUAGACCGAGGUGAUUACCCUGUUAGAUUAGCGAGCGAAGUGUACCAAUACAACUGUACGUGUAACGGAUCAUCAGGCUACUCCCCUUGAGUAACUGAGAAGCAUCGCUCUCGUGGCUUUUGCAUCUGCCCUUCCUUUACUCGACUUCAUGACACGGCCGAGAAUCUUGUUGAGCACGUUGACGUUCCCGCCACGCACGACAUCCGCCUCUUGGGGCAGAGCAGCAAUCGCCUCGGCGCACCACUGCUGUAGGGCCGCACUAUCGUCGCCGGCGGCCAGGAGGGACAGCCGCUCGCUAGUUCCGAUGGUGUCUGACUGGAAGGUUUGUCCAGCAUGUAUCGAAGGAGCGUCUUUCCUGCCGUCC